UGCUUUGGGAGCACAGAAGAGGGAGAGAGUGGCAUCCUACCUGAAUGAGCCGGGGAAUACACAAGGGAAGCCCGUUUUCUCAUUUAAUCUUUACAACACUCUUACAAGAAUCCUUGGUUGUGAAAAUACGUGAGGUAAAUCAUGAAGGUAACCAUCAUCUUCCUCCUGCUUGCACAAGUUUCCUGGGCUGGACCAUUUCAACAAAGAGGCUUGUUUGAUUUCAUGCUAGAAGAUGAGGCUUCUGGGAUAGGCCCGGACGAUCACCUUCCUGAGUUUCCUGACUUAGAGCGUCUGGGACCAGUGUGUCCCUUCCGCUGUCAAUGCCAUCUUCGAGUUGUCCAGUGUUCUGACUUGGGUCUGGACAAAGUGCCAAAAGAUCUUCCCCCUGACACCAUGCUGCUGGACCUGCAAAACAACAAAAUAACUGAAAUCAAAGAUGGGGACUUUAAGAACCUGAAGAAUCUUCAUGCGUUAAUUCUUGUCAACAACAAAAUUAGCAAAAUCAGCCCUGGAGCAUUUACACCUUUGGUGAAAUUGGAACGACUUUAUCUGUCUAAGAAUCAGUUGAAGGAAUUGCCAGAGAAAAUGCCCAAGACUCUUCAGGAGCUGCGUGUCCAUGAGAACGAGAUCACCAAAGUGCGGAAAGCUGUGUUCAAUGGACUGAACCAGAUGAUUGUCGUAGAACUGGGCACCAACCCACUGAAGAGCUCAGGAAUUGAAAACGGAGCCUUCCAGGGAAUGAAGAAGCUCUCCUAUAUCCGCAUUGCUGACACCAAUAUAACCACCAUCCCUCAAGGUCUUCCUCCUUCCCUUACUGAACUACAUCUUGAUGGCAACAAAAUCACCAAAAUUGAUGCAGCUAGCCUGAAAGGACUGAACAAUUUGGCUAAGUUGGGACUGAGUUUCAACAGCAUCUCUGCCAUCGACAAUGGCUCCCUGGCCAACACUCCUCAUUUGAGGGAACUUCACUUGGACAACAACAAGCUCAUCAAAGUGCCUGGUGGGCUGGCGGAUCAUAAGUACAUCCAGGUUGUCUACCUUCAUAACAACAAUAUCUCUGUAGUUGGAUCUAACGACUUCUGCCCACCCGGAUACAACACCAAGAAGGCUUCUUAUUCGGGUGUGAGCCUUUUCAGCAACCCAGUCCAGUACUGGGAGAUCCAGCCAUCCACCUUCCGGUGUGUCUAUGUGCGCUCUGCCAUUCAGCUCGGAAACUACAAGUAACUCCCAAGAAAGCCCUCAUCUUUAUAACCUGGCAAAAUCCCAUUAAUGUCAUGCUCGAAAAAAAAAAAUGAAGGCUAGAUACUGGAAACCUAACUGCAAUGUGGAUGUUUUUCCCACAUGACUUACUAUGUAUAAAACCAAAUAUGCAGUUUAAAUAAUUGCCUCCAAUAAAAAAAAUUUUGCCUGCCAUAUUUUCAGAAUCCUUCUUUGAAGCUUUCUGUUGAUGUUAACUAAGCUAUUACAGAUAUUCUUAUUUCACUAAAUGUAAAAUUUUGAGUAAAUAUACAUGUCAACAAUUUAGUAAAGCUUUUCUUUUUUAACUUUCAGAAAGAAUCAAAUUUUAAAAGUAUCAAUGUUCUGUAACUCGUAGAGUGGCUAGCUCCUUUGACAAAAAGUCAAACAUCAAACUCUAACUCUGUAUUAAUCCCUGUUAUUACUGGUAAAGCCUCAUUUGAAUGUGUGAAUUCAAUACAGGCUAUGUAAAAUUUUUGCU